AUGCGAACACCACCCGCAGCUCCAGCAGGAAGCUUCCCAGUGGAGCCCAUAUCGCCUCCCAUCGUCGUGCCCAGCCCCCGGCAGACCUCAACCACACUGAUCCAAACCCUCCUUGGCAACGCAAAAGACCCUAUCCCCCCCCCCCAGUCCAAGGAGGAGGUAUUCGAGUAUGUGCGGUGUAAAAUAGCUCAAGUGAUGAGAACGCCAGAAACCCAAGAAUCGGACAAGCAGCGUGUGCAUGACGAUCGGCGGCCUCGGUCCGGCACUCCCGUCUCCCAGCACCAGCAGCAGCAGCCUCCCCCUCCGCCUCCACAGCAGUCAGCCCCUCAGCAGAAUGCUCACUACGACAUGGAAGAUGCUGCCAAGAAGAGAGCAAGACUAGAAGCUGCUGAGCGGCCCCCAUCGCGUCCACGGUCCACAGGUGGAGACAUGGUACGAGACAGACGCGAGGAGGCUGUUGCCGCCGCUGCCGCUGCGCGCGAAGAGGCGGCCAAUUCCCCCAGUCAGACGAGAUGGUGA